AUGAAUCGAUUUGCUCAUAAGUACUUUAACAACACAAUUCUCGUAUAAAUUGUUUAAUUAUUAAUAAUAAUGAAGACAUUACUAUAUCAAGUAGUACAGAUAAGACUAUUAAGUUUUGGACGAAACAAGAUGAAUGGAUUGGUCGAUUAGCAAUAACAGACAAUAAGGUUUAGGUUAAUUUUCAUUGAUCAAUUAAUCUUAGUAAUUGAGCAUUCAGAACAAUAUAAAUAGUGGAUGGCAAUAUAAACAAUUCAAGUUGAUUGCGUAGGAUUGAGAUUAUGUUUUAUCAACAAUAAUCUUUUCACAUUUCGAACUUUCAAAGCCAAUUUGAUGUACAAAUUGAAAUUUCAAAAUUAAAUCUCAGAAUCAGAUAACAACAAGAUGAGAUACUAAGUUUACAAAGUAACUAAAAUAUACAUAAUACUUAAAUUAUACUUGGAUAAAGAGUAGUUGACUAAAACUAAACAUAUUGCUGUAAAUCAAAGUGAGCAGGGUUUUAUAUUCUUCCCAUAAUAAUAUAUUAAAUCAAAUGAUUCACACUUAAGCAACGCGAUAAGCAUAUCAUUGAGUAAACUAUUCAAAUUGGUAGUAAUAUGUUAUUUGGGUACAUGA